CUGUAUGUUUCAAUGAUUGUUCCUUACUGAACCCCCCAUAUUUCUUUUACCUCUACCAUAUGUCAUUUGUCUCUUUUCCCACCUCCAGGACUUCAAACCGAUUCGGGUCGGCCCUCAUAGGCUCUUAAAACAGCUGAUUCUUGAAUGGUACUUUCCCCUCUGCUCAUUGGAUGUAUUUGUUUUCCAGUUGCCGUGGACCAGUUACCCUCUGGCAAUUAUGAAGAUGAAGAAGCUUAUCAUGAGGACGUAUUCUCCCAAAUACUCAAGUCCAAUAAUGGCACUGUAAAGAAGCUGUGGCAAGGAGACAUUGCGAUAGAGACUGGGCGCAGCGCAACCAAAUGUACCAGCUGCCUCUGGCCCAAAUCAGCUGAUGGGACCGUCAGGGUCCCUUAUAGACUCUCCGCUGAUUACAGUGACAACGAGAAGAGUUCCAUCAGGGACGCCCUGCUAGAGUUCAACACUCUGACCUGUGUCCACUUUGUGGAACGUUCCACAGAAGAAGACUUCUUGGACAUUGUCUCUGACUCUGGAUGUUGGUCUUCCAUUGGGCGGACUGGAGGGGCUCAGACCCUAUCGCUUAUGAGCAGCGGCUGCCUGGCUAAGGGGAUCAUCCAACAUGAGGUGGAUCACGCUCUGGGGUUCUACCACGAACAGAGCCGGAGUGACCGCGACACCUACAUCGAUGUCCUGUGGCAGUAUAUCUGUGAAUCUGACUGGGGAAGCUUUGAGAUGGUCGACACCGAUAAUCUGGAUUUGCCCUAUGACUACUCCUCCGUAAUGCACUAUGGCUGGUAUGCUUUCUCCAACACAUCCGGGCAGCCAAGUCUCAGACCCAAGCCUGACCCAACUGCUAAUAUUGGGCAGAGAUAUGGACUGAGCCCACUGGAUGUUUCCAAAGUCAAAGAGCUUUACGGCUGCAAGCUGUGUACUUACCUACUUACUGGUGUCAAUGGAUCUUUGGAUUCUCACAACUACAUGUCUGAAUAUCCCACUGAAACAAGCUGUCUCUGGCUUAUACGAGUCAAUAAAAAUAAAGUCUUGUUGCAGUUUGACACAUUCCGCAUGUCGCCCUCUGGUGGCUGCACAGAUAAUUACAUCAUGGUGUACGAUGGCCCGAGCAGAUCCUCCCGUGUGUUGGUAGAGAGGGCAUGUGGCAGCCUGGAGUUACCUCUGCUGGUGGCAUCUAGUGGUGUCCUGCUGGUGGAAUUUGUUCACCAGAAAGGUUUAAGAGCGUCAGAAACAGAAUUCAGGGCAUCCUACAGCUCAGUGGAUUGUGGUGGAACCUACAGAAAUGAUAAUGGGACAGUGACCUCCCCUGGUUACCCGAAUCCGUAUACCAAUUUGGUGCAUUGCAUGACAACGAUCUGGGCCCCCCCAGGUUAUCAGAUUAUUCUGAACUUCACGCUCUUUGAGUUGGAAUAUUCCUUCUCCUGCUCCUAUGAUUAUCUCCUGAUCCAUGAUGGCAGUCAGCCCAGCUCCCCUGAAGUGGGAAGGUUCUGCUCCGAUAUGGAAAUCCCCACCAUCGUGUCCACAGGCAACGUCCUCCUCUUGCAGUUCUACAGCGACCACUGGAUGAACAAUCUGGGCUACAGAGCUGACUAUCACUUUGUACCAGCAUUAUAAAUAUUCUGUUCUACAGCAGCCGAUACCUGUGGAGACUUGAUUCUGGGUACUUGGUGGUGCCCCCCUCAUGUAUCUUGGGUUCAUGCUAUUGCUACUCAUUCCCUACUAUAGGCACCAUCUCACCCUACUAUACCUGCUAUCCCACAGCCCCAGUCCCUUCCCAGAGGCUAUUA